UCCUCUCAUUCUUUCUAUAGAAGCUUUGUUUGUCUGGUCUUUAUCUUCCUUUUCUUCUUCUUUGGUUGGCUAAGUCUUCUUUGUUUCUAUUCUUCAUAUCAUUACUAUCAUGCAUAUCUUUGUUUUGCAGUACAUGUUUUGCUACUUUUUUUUAGCUAAAUUUCCUUUCUCCAUGUUCUUCUAAGCAAGAAAAAAAAUACUAGAAGUUGUUUAUCUUUCUGUUUGUUCUAUGAUAUUGGAAACAUGGCUUCUUUUCCUUCUUCUUCUUCUUCUUCUUCUUCAAGUUCAUGGAUUAAAUGGUUCAGAGAGAACUAUGCAGCCCCAUUAGAGUCAGUUCAGCAGCUAUUGAGUGGUUCUUAUGUAGUCUUGGUCUUCCUUUUGGCCCUUUUCAUUGGAGCUCUCAAAGCUGUUGUGGUUGGACCAAUUGCUGGGUUGCUGCUCAUAAUUGGGAACAUUGGGGUUAUAAUUGGAUUGUUUCCUGCUCAUGUUGCUUGGACUGUUUACUCUCUUAUCAAGACAAAGUUAAUCAAUGCAGCUCUUAAAUUCGCCUUUCUUCUGGCGCUGCCUGUAAUUUUCGGUCUCUGGUUAGCCCUUAGCAUAUUUGGGAGUGUUCUCGUCGGUGUUGGAUAUGGUUUUUUCACUCCAUGGGUGUCUACUUUUGAAGCCUUCAGAAAGGAUACCGACAAGGAAAAGUUUCUUCACAGCAUUAAGGAUGGAACAUGGGGAACCAUAAGAGGUAGUUGCACAGUGGUGAGAGAUUUCGCCGAUUUUUGCAUUCACUCAUACCCGCUCUACUUGAAAGAAUUACGCGAAAGCACUGGUGAACAGUCACAUUAUUCAAUCAGGAUUACUGAAGUUCCUGCAUGUAUCGUUGUAGGCCUUAUGGGGCUAAUUGUCGAUGUCCCGCUUUACACAGCAAUUGCAAUAAUUAAGAGUCCGUAUUUGCUUUUGAAAGGUUGGCAGAGGUUGCUGCAUGAUCUUAUAAGCGGAGAAGGACCAUUCCUCGAAACUGCUUGUAUUCCGAUUGCUGGUUUAGUUAUUCUCCUAUGGCCCCUUUUCGUCAUUGGGAGCAUUUUGAUGGCUAUUAUCUCAAGCAUCUUCAUUGGUCUUUAUGGCGCUGUUGUUGUAUAUCAGGAGAGGUCUUUCAAGAGAGGAGUUGCUUAUGUGAUCGCUGUGGUUGCGGAGUUUGAUGAGUACACUAAUGAUUGGCUAUAUCUAAGAGAAGGAACCAUUCUGCCAAAGCCUCGAUAUAGGAAAAAGAAACCAUCUAACUCAUCGGAACUUUCAGUUGGAGCUAAUUCUGUGAAGGGGAAGGGAAAUUCUGGUCCUUUUGACGCACCAGCAAUGCUUGUGCCAAGCUUAGCUCCUUCAAGAUCUGUUAGAGAAGUGAUACAGGAAGUAAAAAUGGUGCAGAUAUGGGAGGAGUUAAUGAUGUCACCGGAAAUGAGAGGAAAGGAACUUGUGGACGCGAACAUUCUAACGUCCGAAAUUUUAAGUGAGUGGUUGAAGACAAAGGGGAACAGCCACGACAUUGUCGGUCUUGGGUUAUCUUCUUAUGCUUUACUGCACUCUCUGGUUUUCUCUGUAAACUCUGGGUCAACUGGAAUUCUGCUGAGUAAUGGUGUUGAACUUACUCAUCUAAACCGUCCGCAAGACCGGCUUCUGGACUGGUUUUUCCAUCCUGUCAUGGUUUUAAAGGAGCAAAUCAGAGUCAUAAAAAUGAGCAGCGAUGAGCUAAGGUUCUUGGAGAAGCUAGUUCUCUUUACCGGUAAUAUUCCGAGUAUCCAUGACUUGGAAUGUGGAUCCUUAGUUCCUCAAGAUGCUCUCCGAUCUGCUCAAAUUCAGGCCAUCAGCAGAAGGUUGGUUGGAAUGACUAGGAGUAUAUCCAAGUUUCCGACUUACAGGAGGAGAUACCGACAAGUUAUUAAGGUGUUAUUAUGUUAUUCCCUUGGUAGAGAAUGUCCUCAAGGGAUGCCAAUAUCUCAUUCGAACAGAUUGAACAAAUCAAACAGAUCAAACAGAUCAGGCUCUUCGGUCGAAAUCGUUCCCGCAGAUGUUUAACUAGAGUUUAUUCCACUUUGUACAUUGAUUUUUGUCGUCGUUGUUGUCGAUACUUGGUGUGUUUAGACCUGUUUUUAUACUUAGUUUUUUUUUUCGAUAA